CAUGUAACUUGACAACUGAGCCGCUACCUGUCAAACAGUCUCCGGUUCUCCUCAGUGUUGAACUGAAAUGCCGGCUGGCUGUUAUUUAUUUAUCUUUUGGCCUUUUACCCGGGAUAUUUGUAAAAGAAUUCCCGGUUUUUAAACGUCACGUUGUGUUUAUGGGACUACACACCGGCACCUUCUCUCUCUCUCUCUCUCUUUCUCUCGUCCCGGUGGGUUUUUUUUUUCUUCUCAGCGGAGCCUCUCGGUGCUCAGAAUGGGGGCUGGAUGAUUUGACAGUCCGACGUAGAUUCAGGCUGAUGGUCCGGGACCUGAUAUAGUGUUGAACAACGGCAUGACCUACAUACCGCAGAGCUUACCGGACAUCUCUGCAGUAUGGAAACAACCACCGACGUCCUGUUCAACCUUGUAACACAGCACUAAGUGACCUUCCGUUUUUUAUUUGCUGCUGCUGACGGAACUAUGCAGACGAAGACACGUGAAUGUGCUCUGGGCUGAUAAGAGAAGAAGACAGACCUAUGUGCAAAAUAAGGGAGCGUAAUAACCAGGAUUGUGUGCUUGAGGUUUUUUUUUUCUGACCUUUGACCUUUAAUGCAAAAUUAAUCAAGCAGGUGGCUCUAGGAUUCCGGAUACCCGUGGAUCUACCAGAUAAUACACUAGUGUUGCUGUAUGGAUCAGCUGUAAAGGGCCUAGAGCAGGGGUCAAAAGUCCACUGAAGCGACCAAUGGAUGCCUUAUCUACCCAGAAAUAAGAUAUAAAACAAUUGAAUGAUCUAUAAAGUGUUUAAAUAAAAUAGGUAGAAAAGCAAUACAAAUAUAUUUCAAGGACAGAUUAGAUUCCUAAAUAGACUUUUCAUUAUGCUUCUAAAUGAUUGUCAGCCUUUACCUCUCUUGAGGGACACGGACGUGCCGCCUCGGGUCAAAGAAAACUUCAUUCUGACCGGCUACCGUUUCCCAAACUACAGCCUGAGGGAUUGCUUGUUAUCCGCAUUCAGGCCGACCAAUGAAACUGGGAACUUCUGGACGCACUUCCUCCCAGUUUUCGUUUUUUUCUACUAUUUCGUGGAGGCGUUCGGUUGGGAAGGCGCACCGCAUGGCGCCGCCCCCUUCUUCUAUCCGUUCUGGACCUACUUUAUCGGGGUGUUCUGUCUGCUCAUGGCGAGCAGCAUGGCCCAUCUGCUUAACUCGAUGUCUCUGGUGGUUAGAGAAGUCUGCUUCUUUGUGGAUUACGGCACCAUCAGCGCCUACACAGUCGGCUCAUCUUUGGCCUACUACUAUUACAUCCACCCUCAGGCAGGGAUAGUGGAGACGGGAAACCACAAUGGAUCCCACAUGGCCCUGGAACAUGAACCCGGGGAGGCUGUCACAUCAUCCUAUGCAAUCCCAGAGUUCAGUGUGUUCUUUGAGACCUUCUACAUCCCGAGUGCGUGUAUGGUAGCAAUCAUCUGCAUCUUGUCCUGCUGCAACACUCGUCAGAGGUGGAGGAAGCAUCGCUACGUCAUCCGAACCCUCGUCUUCCUGCUGCCGUUCCUCGUCUCUUCAACACCGGUGUUCUACCGCCUUCUCACCAGAUCACCUUACUCCUCCACCUCCUCCUCCUUCACCGCUUCCAACUCCACCUCCACCUUCUUCUAUCGUCACUGUUUCUGGCUGGUGGUGUCAGCCGUCUUCAACAUCAGCAAGAUUCCUGAGCGACUUGCCCCGGGUCGCUUCGACAUCUGGGGUCACAGUCACCAGUGGUUCCACUGCUGCACCUUCCUGUCCAUCCUCGACGAGCUCCACAUGAUCAAGGCUGAGGUGAGGGCGAUCCUGCUCAGCCCGACUCUGCUGCUCCCGCCGGCAACCCUCUCACGCCUACCUGGACCUACUGUUGCGUCGACCUACGGGGUGAUGCUCCUCCUGCAGACCACCAUCAUCUCCAUCAUCGUGUGGUUCUCCUGGAAGGCCAACUGCAUCUACGGACCCGAGAGAGACCAGCUGGCCGAGGAAUACCCCAAGAAGCACCUGAAAUGUCACUGAUCACAGAUUUGUGUUUUGAAUCGCCUUUACUGCGAAUGAAGUUUGCACGUUUAUUCAGAGCCAUGCCACUAGAAGAAGUGCACAAGAAUCACGAUAACCCCCUCCUGAUUCCAUGUCUGUUGCAUGUUUUAAACCCUUUGAGAGCAUUGUGCAAGCUUUCAUGGGGUAAAUUUGGGACAAAGGGAGAUGAGAGGAUUAUAUUUGGAGCAGACCAAUGGAUGGCUGUCUGGCUGCGUGGAUAUUCUGAAAUCUGCCAGGGCGUCUGAUGAUAAAACUACCUCUAGGUGUUGUUCACUCCAUGACAGAGGAAAGGUGUUGGUACCCAGGGGAACACAAGUUCCAUUUACCAUUUGGGUAAAGUGGCUUAAAUGUUGGCUUAAAGUGUUGUCAGUUGUCAGUGUUAGUUCCUCCUGUUACUUCCCCUUUCUCUGACUUCAAACUCUGUUUUUGCUGUGGUUGUGACUGAAAACUACGGAAGAGGAUUAGGGCCAAAUGUGGAAAAAAAGUUGUGCUCAGAACUCAAUGUUUUAAAUCAGAA